AUGCGGCUUGUGCAUACCUUAAAUGUACGUCGAAACCUUAGAUGUCCUCGUUUUGGCACCCGCCAUAUACAGACUAUGUUGCUUUUUCUUAACAUAGCUUUUGUUGGCAUGAGUAGCUUUAAUGUAUCCGUAGCUUUAGUAGCGAUGACAAAUGCCGAAAGUACAAAUGCCAAUUUUCAGGAAUUUGAUUGGACCACACAACAGAAGUCCUACAUCAUAUCCAGUUUCUACUGGGGUUGUGUACUAACACAAUUACCGGGCGGCUACUUGAGUAAACGCUUUGGUACAAAGAUCGUCAUGUUCGUUUGCACUUUUGGAUCGGCGAUAUUCAGCUUACUCAUACCAUUACUGGUGCCGUGGGGAGACUGGCAGGUAUACUGCGCCAUUCGUACAAUGCAGGGUCUUUUCCAAGGUGCUCUUUUCCCAGCAAUUCAUGAGCACAUCGCCAAAUGGUCGCCGCCAUCGGAACGUAACACGAUCGGCGCGCUCACUUAUUCGGGCAUGGAUUGUGCCAAUGUUUUGGCUAUGCUUGUAAGUGGUUUGAUAGCCAGUAGUCCACUAGGUUGGCCCGGUAUUUCAUAUAUCUCAGGUGGCUUAUGUUUUGGUUGGUGCGCGCUGUGGUUUAUACUGGCUGCUAAUAAUCCGCCAGAGUCUCGUUUUAUAACAAAGGAGGAAUGCCAGUACAUUGAGACGUCGUUGAAACGUGAGGAAGAUUUCCAUAAGAAGAGAAUACCGGUACCAUGGUUGGCAAUUCUUACAUCGGUGCCAUUCUUCGCAUUAAUCGUUGCACGCUGUGCCGAAAUAUGGGGCUACAGCACCAUGCAAACGCAGAUUCCUUCGUAUUUAAAUGGUGUGUUCGGCAUGAAUAUCGUCAGUAAUGCUUUCUUCUCGACCAUACCCUACAUUGCUCGUUGGAUUAUGUCUUAUGUGUAUCUGAUAUUCGGAAAUAUGGCUGUAGCGAGGGGUUGGUUGUCACUGACGGCAAUGCGUAAAAUAGCCAAUACAAUGGCUUUGUGGCUACCGGCUAUAUUCGUUAGCGGAAUUGGAUUUCUUGACGAUGCAAACGAAGCACUCGCUAUUGCACUGUUGACCUUGAAUGUAAGCUUACAUGCUGGCGCAACCAUGGGCUGUGUACUCAGUGCAAUCGACUUGUCACCGAAUCAUGCUGGUGUUGUAAUGGGAAUUGUAAAUCCGUUGGCGAAUAUGAUAACUUUAAUAUCUCCAUUAGUGGCAGGCGCUGUAGUCACAGAUGAGCACAAUCGCAAUCAGUGGCAAACCAUAUUCAUAAUUUCAGCAGCUAUAUUCUUUAUCGGAAAUCUAGUAUUCCUAAUAUUCGGUUCCGCAAAGGUACAACCAUGGGAUGCACCUGAUUACCUAUUAAAGGAUAACGUUGAGGAG